GCUCCUCUCGCCCAGGGUGGAUGGCUCCCCCACAAUCCACUGUUUUACCUUCACUGCUCAACAGUGAUAUCACGCGUUGAUGUAAUUUUAGAUCCGAUAGGUGUGUCCUAGACGCGAGCAAAUGUGUUCCUUUCCUGAAUUAUGUUGGUUUCCUAAGAGUCCAACCGAACUAAGGCCAUAUGUCUUAAACCUGUUUUUGAAGUUUCCAUUGUUCGGACUUAUGUUAUUGUGUGGAUAGAAUUAUUAUUUGUUUAUUUAUUUUUUGAACACCGUAACACGCCGUUGACAAGACUGAAGUGUGUGAUCAUUCAUCGCGUGUACUGUGUGAUCAUUCAUCGUGUGUACUGUGUGAGCCAAGCUGGCGGAAUUUUAUAAUGAACAGGCAUCGUGAAACAACACCAUAGGAAAGUUGCAAAGGGAAUAGACAAGCAGGUGAAACACUGCUGGAUAGCGUUCACCUUUAGUGCAGGUUGGUGAGAGGAAUGAUACAAGAGAUCGAAUUGCAGAAGAGUUCAUCGCAGUCAAACUAAAUAUAUAUAGCCGCUGUAGAAUUUUGUAAACACUAGCUAGUGUAAAGUUUUGUGGUCUAAGAAUCUUAUAAUGCAGGCUUAUUUUAUACAUUGCUAGCAUACACAGGCGUCUUUCGUAACUCUUAUUUCUUGUGGAAAUACUUACGGGAAUUCACUUUCUAAUGCAGUCGCUGUAGCUAUGUUCAUCGUAGCUGCUUUGCAGGAUUAGAGAAGUAUCCACGUUAAUUGUUCUUGUGGACGUCGUGUAUUUCAUUCGUACGGUACUAUAGUGCCCCACUCUUGUUCAGUGCCGCGGUAACGGAAUACUUAGGGUGAACGUAUAUGAUCCCGGAACAUGGGCAAUGUCGUUUCCAGAUGUGCGCAAAACCUGCGGAACGCCCUGAGAACCUGCUCCAAGAAACGCCCCGAGGAUGAGGCCAUGCUCAGCGUGUGCGACAGCGAGCCCCUGGACAAAUGCCAGGAGCCGCUGUUCGACACGUCCCGGACCGGUGUCCACCACGGGGCCGGCAGCGGCAGCAGGUCGGGCAGCUGCUCGUCGCUGGCAAGGCUGCAGGACAAAAUGGAAGUGGUGGACUGUAAGAUAUUGCCCUCGACGCCGAGAACGAGCGUCAGACGCAGCACGCCCCGGCGCAGCACGCACAGCAGCAAAGGAUGCCAACACGUGGAACAUUCCGAGAGUAGGGGUCAGUCGCAAGACCGGUCGUUUGUCGACCAAGAAUCUCAAACCAACGCGGUGGACAGUGACCCGCCAGAGGCGGCGUGCCAGGAGGCCGUACUGAGCAAAGAAUAUAUCGUAAAAACUUACAGCAUCCAGAAUGCCACGCCGUCCCCGGCUACCCAAGCCAAGUUCCCACCAUCGCCACUGCCCCCACACCAGGAACAGG